AUGGAAGCAGACAACGCACUAACAUACCUGAAAAAUUCGGGCUUUAAGGUGGAUUGGUUGGGGAAGAAACUGGAGGAAGUAAAGGAAAAGAAGAAGGAAGAGCCGACUGGUGAGACUUGUAUGCAAGAAUUAGAGGAAGAACUCAAGGACUUUAACACAAAGUGCUCAGACAAAAAAACUCUGGUGGAGAAAGAGAGGGUAGAACUGGAGGUCCUGAAGCAGAAGUGCUCAGACAGAGAAGCUCUGGUGGAGAAAGAGAAGGUAGAACUGAAGGACAUGAAGCAGAAGUGUUCAGACAUAGAAGCUCUGCUAGAGAAAGAGAAGGCAAAGGUGUUGGCCGCCAUUGCUACUCCUCUAGCGUUAGAUGAUGUUGUCUGA